ACGGACGUCUUCAGUAAGUAUUCCAUCGCCGUCCCCACCCGGGAUCAGCGGGCCUCGACGGUCGCCCAGGUCUUGCUUGUGGAAUGGUUCUACCGGUUCGGAAUUCCUGGUCGGCUCCACUCCGACCAGGGGCGCUGUUUCGAGGGCACCCUGAUUCAGCAGCUUUGCGGGCUGUACGGGGUCCAGAAGUCCCGAACCACCCCGUACCACCCGGCCGGGAACGGCCAAUGUGAGCGAUUUAACCGCACUCUACACAACCUCCUGCGUACCCUACCGGCCUCUCGGAAGCGCGACUGGGCAACUUGCCUGCCGCACGUAACCUUCUGUUAUAAUACCACCCCGCAUCAAGCGACAGGAGAAUCGCCACACUUUCUUAUGUUCGGCCAAGAGCCACAGCUACCCGUAGACUUCCUCCUGGGCCGAGUUCGGCCACCGGUCCAUGGUCGAGUGUGCGACUGGAUACAGGAGCAUCAGGCCCGGCUUCAAGUGGCAUUUGAUGGGGCUCGGGAGCGGUUGGCCGCAGCGGCGGAAUAUCGCAAGGACAGACACGAUGCACGGGUGAAGACUGCUGUUUUAGAAGUAGGGCAACGGGUAUAUGUACGCAACCUCGGCGUGCGAGGUCGAAAUAAAAUCCAAGAUGUGUGGAACUCCCAGGUACACAUGGUGGUGCGUACCCCUUCGGAGACCGGAGCCGUGUACACGAUCGCCCCCGUCAACGAUCCAACGAAGCUGAAGCACGUUCACCGCAGCAUGCUGAAAGGAGUGGUGGGCCCCCUGGCCCCCGACACCCCCCCGGGGUCGGGCCGACCAGGCGAACCUACCCCUGUCGACUCAGGGGAGCUAUCGAGCGAAGAAGAUAUCCUUCUUGGGGAGCAGGUGGGCGAUGCUGACUUGGGUGUCCCAGCAGAGCCCCAUGCACCCCAGGGUGGCACCUCAGGAGGAAACGAAGGGCAGCGUCGGACUUCGCAGGCUUCCCCCAGCAGUUCGGCCGCUCAGCUACCCGGUCGUGGCACUAGCAGCAGCGAGGUGCCCCCACGCCGGACUUUCCGGUCUAACGCGGGACAACACUCUAAUCCCCAUCGGCUGCCUGGUGGGGCGACUCCAAACUUUUGAUGGAAUUUUGGAUCUGGGAGUGGGGGGGAAGGCGUCCCUGCAUCGUCGGGCCGACGAUUCAACAUGUGGGGGGUAGAUUGUAGUGGAGCGCUGCUCCUUUAAGGGAAAGUCUGACGCUGCGGCACACGUCACCACGCCGCUCGUAGAGGCUUAUGGGAAGUCUCUUCAUAAACACUGCCAGUGGCUAGUAUUCGGUAAGCCUGCAAAGUUCCCCUUUGCGCGUUUCAUCGCCACCGGCGAAUGCUGUGGUUGCUUCUCCCCUCGCCGUCGAGAGGAGUGCGGUGUCCAGUUCAGAUCUAGGAGAUGUGGACCAUUUCUUGUCCUCGUUGUGAUUCCAACUUGGCGUCUCUUACUUGGCUAGAGUGAUCUCUUGCUUCUCCACUGGCAAGGACUUCGGUGGACAAUACCAACGGUUACCUUGCGCCUUUCCCGUCUCCUGCACGCCAGUAUGUAUUAUAGUGGGUUAGCUUGUGCCUUUACCCAGCUCUGACUGUUUGUUUUCUUACCAUGGUUGCUAACGACGGCCAUUAUUAUGGUUUCAGCGUGUGGUCGCUACCGGCGCCUCGGCCGUGUACCCCUGUAUUGGCACUCCGACUGU